ACCAGAUCACUGGCGCUUGAGGGAGGAGCCUGCAGCCUUUAAAAGCGCGGUGAUGUCGCGCCUUGUGUGAUCCCACUGAAGGUGUUCAACAUGGCCAACUGGAUUAUUAACAAUGGCGUUACCUGUGUCACACUGGUGGUAUGGAUGGGCAUCAACAUCUUCCUCUUUGUCUGGUUUUAUCUUGUCUAUGAUGUGGGGGAUGAGUACUUUUACACACGGCAUCUCUUAGGCUCGGCUCUGGCCUGGGCCAGGGCUCCCGCCGCCGUCCUGAACUUCAACUGUUUGCUGAUCCUCCUCCCUGUGUGUCGCAACCUGCUGUCACUCAUUCGGGGCUCCCUCGUGUGUUGCAGUCGUAGUUUGAGGAAGCAGCUGGACAAAAAUAUUGAAUUCCACAAAUUGGUGGCUUACACGAUCGCCCUGAUGACAGCGGUUCACGUCAUCGCUCAUCUCCUGAACGUGGAGUGGUACAACAACAGCAGACAAGGCGUUUACGAUGAUCUCAGCACAGCACUGUCCAACCUGGCCGACACGAAAAACACCACCUACCUCAACCCCAUUCGCAUAACAAGCCUAGAUCCGCAGCAAAUUCCCACUUACUUGGUGUUCACCACCAUCGCGGGCAUCACGGGGGUCAUCAUCACCCUGUGCCUCAUCCUCAUUAUCACGUCUUCCAUGGAAGUCAUCCGCCGCAGCUACUUUGAGGUCUUUUGGUACACGCACCACCUCUUCAUCAUCUUCUUCGCCGGCCUCGUCAUUCACGGCGCCGGGCGCAUCGUGAGGAGUCAGAAAGACAGCCCGCCGCACAACUUCACUCUCUGCAAGGACCGCAGUGCCGAGUGGGGGCGGAUUCCCCAGUGCCCCGUCCCACAGUUUGCAGGGAACUUUCCCCAGACUUGGAUGUGGGUGAUCGGUCCAAUGAUUCUGUACCUGUGUGAGCGGCUGCUGCGUUUAGUCCGAUAUUUGCAGACGGUCCGAUACCGAAAGAUCGUGAUGCAUCCAUCCAAGGUGCUGGAGUUGCAGCUGGUCAAGAACGGCUUCAAAAUGGAGGUGGGCCAGUACGUGUUCCUCAACUGCCCGGCCAUCUCGCAACUGGAGUGGCACCCGUUCACCAUGACCUCGGCCCCCGAGGAGGACUUCCUCAGCGUGCACAUCCGCUCGGCCGGAGACUGGACCGAAAAACUCAUCAGCAUCAUGCAGCAGCUGCCCGAGGGCGCGCAAGGGCCCAAAAUGGGCGUGGACGGACCCUUCGGUACGGCCAGCGAGGACGUGUUUGACUACGAGGUGGCCAUGCUGGUGGGGGCGGGAAUCGGCGUCACCCCCUUCGCCUCCAUCCUCAAGUCCAUCUGGUACAAAUUCAAGGAUUCCAACCCAGUGCUGCGCACACGAAAGAUCUACUUCUACUGGCUGUGCCGAGAGACAAAUGCUUUUGAGUGGUUUGCCGACCUCCUGCAAGACCAAGAGAGGGAGAUGGAGGAGAGGGGCAUUGGGGAUUUCCUCACCUACAAGCUCUUUCUGACCGGCUGGGAUCAGAGUCAUGCCAAUCAUGCCAUGGUGCACUUUGACGAGGAGACUGACGUGAUCACAGGACUCAAACAGAAAACUCAUUAUGGAAGACCCAACUGGAAUAAGGAGUUUGAACAAGUCCGCAAGGAGAACCCCUCGGCUGUGGUGGGAACAUUCUUGUGCGGCCCAGCCGUUUUGGCCAAAGUCUUGGAAAAGAAAUGCGCCGAAUACUCGGAGGUGGACCCGCGAAAGACAAAGUUCUACUUCAACAAAGAGAACUUUUGAGCUGGGGAAAAAAACAGAAGCAGUCUCCUUUUGGGAAGACCGGGUGGGGAAAUGUUUUCUUAAUCCUAAUUAAGGCACACACGCGUGUUGAAAGCGUGCAUGCAAAAAAAUAAUAAUUCUGACAACAAUGCUGGGCAUGUUGCUCCACUUGUCUGAAUUCUCCCUAUUGUCUCUCUACCACUGGUCUUGAUGGUUUAGUAAAAAUGCGGACAUAUUAAAAGAAAAGGGUUUCCUUCAACAACUCAUGAAUGUAUGUUUAUUACAAAACCUACAAAAUCGUGUCAGUGAAGUUGAACCUAAAAGUUGCACUUUUACAGUUGUAAUACCAGGAAAAAGUCAGAAUUUUAAAAUAAGCGUCAGAUACAUGAGAAAGUUAAAGCUGUGAUAAAAAGUAUAAUUUCACGUUAGUCACAAUAUUGUGAAAAAAAAAUCAUCAUGGGGGGAACAAAAUCUUAACUUUAAAAACAGUCACUACAAAAAAAAAUCUAAAUUGUAAGUUGGAAAUUUAAAUGUUACAAUGUGUGUAAAAACUGUUU